AUGAAGACUAGUGUUAAUUCAAAUGUUCCUUUAAUAUCAAAUAGUUUUGUAACAUGUUAUUCUGAUUAUUUUGUUAUACAUUUAUAUUAUUUUCCAUAUGGUAAUAAAAAAGUAAAAUAUAGUAAUAUUCGUUCAUGUGAAUUUCAUUCAACAGAUGAUCUUGAUAUGUUUUCAUAUAAAUUAUGGGGAAUGUCAUUUUCACCUGUUUGGUGGCAUUGUGAUAUGAAACGUUUAAUGAGAAAAAAUUACAUAUUAUUAGAUGCAAAUCAAUGGCCUCAUAUUGGUCUAACAAUGAAUGAUGAUGAUCUAAUUAAUGUUUAUAAUUUAAUCAAACAAAAAAUUUCUUUUAAUCAAUCAAAUAUUUAUAAUGAAAAGUUAAUUUAUGAUUCAUCAAAUAUCAUCUCUGAAAAAGAAAUUCAAUAUGAAAAAUCUUUUCAAAAUAUUAAAAAAGAUUAA